AGCUGACCGAAAAGGAAGUGCUGAAAAUAAACAAAUUACAAGGCUUUAUUGAUUUAAGAUAACAGUCUCACAUUUCGCAUUCUACGCUUAGCCUUGUACAACAACAAAGCUAGGUUUUUUAAGUCUAGUAGCUCAGAGAUCCAGUCACCAACAUGUCAGAGUCUUAUGGUAGGCUUAUUCUAGUAGGCCUUGUAAUAUUACUCGUUCACGCCAAGAAGACAAUUGUCGAUAGAAUUGUUUUACUAGUAGUACUAGUCUAUUAAAAGUACUGUAAACUGUAAAGUAAUGCGUCUAGGCCUAAUUAAUUUACAUUUUGAAUUUAGGUCCAGAGGCUAAUAAUAAUAAUAAUUAAUCGGCACUCUUGGCAGUUCUUGUACUACAGAGUAGUCAGAAAGACUAAGGCCAACAGUAAUUAAUAGUGUAGAUACUAGAAAAGAAGUUCUAGUCUAGAACUAUAACUCUGCUGUCUCAGGUCAGGUAAUUUAUUCCAAACUCAAACAAAAAUUUAAAAGUAUUUUUAUGUAGAAGAAGCCUUUAAGAAAGCUUUUACUUUAAGUAGGCCUAGCUAGUUGAUAAAUGAUGCUAGCUAGUUAUUGCAAUUCACAAUAAGUGACACUGCCAAAUUCAAAUCUCAACAAAUAUAUUAAGGCUUAGCCUGAAUCCACUAUUUCAAAUACUAGGCAAUCCCAUGCAACAACCAUGGUGAAUGAUAACUAAUGUGUAUCUCAAAAUUCAUAUGUUCUCUGUCUAUAUGAAGGACAUCCAUAAAUGACAUCCCACAACUUUGUCAGAUUUUCUACCAGUUCCCCCAUCAGCCCAUCAUCACAAAGUUUUGCCCCCCCCCCCCCCCCCCCCCCCAAUAAUAAUAAUAUCAUUUACAGAUGAUGGCUCUGAGUCAUGAGUAUAAAUGCAAGGUGUUGUUGUUAGCAUAAAUUUAUGUUUAUGAAACUUAACAUUUAUUUAUAGGCCUGUGUAAUUAAAAUGGAAAAAUGUAACAAAUUGGACCCCUAUAAUUGUAAUAUAAAUGUUGAAUAUUUUAUUUUUUUAAUGAAAAUUAUAGCCAGAAUAAAAACAUUUUCAAAAAGUCAAAUCUGCUGUAGGCUACACCUUUAAAGUGUUAUGAAUGUUAUUCCCAUAUAAGUACAAAUAUAUUUAAAAAAAAAUUUUUUUUAGUUGCACCGUUGUAUUAAAAUGCACUACUUAAUAAUCAUUUUCUUAGGUUUCAGAAACCGGUUUCAGAAAUCUUAACAUAUUUGCUCACAUGUAGACUACAGUAGAGAAGAAAAAUUUGGAUGAAUGAUAAACUUAGAUAGCUUAGUUAAAUCAUGAUUGUAGAUGUAUAUUUGAGGUGAUUAUUCCAGCAUCCUGCAAUUUAUAAGUUCACAAGUAUUAACUUUGAAUUUGAAGGAAGCUUAUCACUGAUACUUUCAAAGUUUUUAUGUAGUUUUGAUUGUGAAGCCUAUUCAUCCAUGAAGGCUAAUAGCCUCUGGUAACAUCAGUUAAAUUUGAAAUGGCUUCAAAAUAAAAUAGAUUUAGUUAAACAGACGCUAGCAGGCUGAUAACUGAUUAAAAUUGUUAUUUUACCGGGGAACCUUCCCGUAAAUUUUUAAUACAUAAAUAAAUACUCUGAAAUAAAUUACAAAAUAUUGUAUUCAUUUGUGACUAUAUUCUUAGAUUAGUAAGUUAUUUAUUAUUUUUUUAAAGUUUAUUAUGCCAAUAUAUUUGCUGUUGUUAACCUCAUCCUAGAAUUCCUCUUCAAGUUUCUUGUGAUUGGGAGCGCUGGAGCAGGGAAAUCUUGUAUUUUGCAUCAGUUUAUUGAGAACAAAUGUAAAUAAUUUGAAAUAUUAGUUAAUUAAUUAAGUCAACUCAGAGCCCAUGAUAAGUACUCUUUUAUAAAAAUGUAAAUGUGAAAUAUACCUUAAAAAGAACCAGUUUCUAAAAGCGAUUACUCAUUUUAAUUUGAGAACUGCUUUUCUUUUUUAAAAAAUUCAAAGCCUAAUAGUUUGAAUGUAUAAUAAAUAUUAUGAGUAGGAAGAAAAAACAUUGCCUAGGCCUACUGAUUUAAUAUUUUUUUUAAAUAUUCUGUCUUCAGUCAAACAAGAUUCUAACCAUACUAUAGGUGUUGAGUUUGGUAGUAAAGUUGUUAAUGUUGGCGGCAAAGCUGUCAAGCUACAGAUCUGGGAUACUGCUGGGCAAGAAAGAUUCCGGUAGGGUAAAAUGACAGCUUUGAUAUGUGUAGUGUAUGGAUGUUGACAUGUAAUUAUUGCUCACCAAAUGUUAUGUUUUUUUUUGUGAACAAUGUGUUGUGUUAGUUUCAUUUAUGAAUAUUCUUGCAGCCAUUAGGCUUGUGGCUUAUUUGUGAUGUGAUUUUUAUGUAUCUGUCACAUAGUGUUUAGACUGUCUUUGAGUAUGUGCUUUUCAUAUUCAUUUGGCAGUGGCUGCCUGACCUGUGUGUGGAAAGGUUGUGAUGGCAUUCAUCUGAUGAGCUGUCUUAAAUGUUUGAAUUAUUAUAUGAACAGAUGAUGGAUAACUCCGAUUAAAAUUUAGGUUGUUCUUGGAAUAGGUCUUGGGGUCAGUUUAAAUCAGAUUAAGACAUAUAAAUGUGCAAACGAAUUAGAUGAGAAAAACACAAUCAUACAGACUAUCAAUAUGUUUAUCAUUGCAUUGGUAAAAUUGACGCUUUAAUGAUUCUACAUUCUAGAUUUGAGUUAAAAUAAUAGUUAUUAGUUGAUCUAUUAUGUGUAAGUCUUGUCUGUUAGUAAUAAUGCACAUGGCAGAGUUGUUGAGAUUUGAUAACAAAUUGAUGAAUGUUACACCACUGUGAAAUGAUUGAGUUAAAAAGUUGGAUGCUUUUGAAGAUAUCUAGUUUAUAUCUCUGAGAAUCUAAAUAUGUCUCGGUUCCCACAAGGAGACUUGCUAUCAGUUUAUUUCCUUUGUUUUAGAUCUGUGACAAGAAGCUAUUACCGCGGUGCUGCAGGAGCUCUUCUGGUUUAUGAUAUUACAAGGUGAAUACAUUUUUAAAAAUAAAUGACAUCAUUUAAAACUAUAAAUUAUGCAUUUCUGCUUAUGGGCCAAUAAAUAAAUUGAUACCCAUGUCUACUGUUUGUUUGGUAUAAACUUAAAUCUGGGCUUAAAUGUUUUGGAGAAUAAUUUUACUUAAUUUGUAUAAUAAAUUAAUUAGCACUAGUAGUGAUCAUAACUUGCAAGUCUGAUAAGUUAUAGAAUUGAUUUACUUUGUUCUUUUUAAUAACCAGCCGGGAAACAUACAAUGCACUGACAAACUGGUUGACUGAUGCCAGGACACUGGCCAGCCCCAACAUUGUUAUUGUGCUUGUGGGCAACAAGAAAGAUCUAGAGGCAGAGAGAGAGGUGACAUUUAUGGAGGCCAGCAGAUUUGCUCAGGAAAAUGGUAGUGCCCUCCUUCGUUUUACGUAAUUUUACAUUUACAAAUUUUAUCAUAAGCCUAUGUGGUCUUAGAACAUGAUUCUUACUUCAAGUUCAAGUACUGCAUAUGUGGUCAUAGAACAUGAUUCUUACUUCAAGUUCAAGUACUGCAGGUGCCAUUUAUUGUGAACUCUGGCUAUAGGAAUCAGCCACAUUUUUUAUUAAAGCAAUUAUCAAAAGACCAUAACCUUUUUAUGAACAUUGUCAUAUUUUUUGUUAUUGGAAUCACCACAUAAUGGACUCCAUAACAUUAUUUUUUUUAUUACCAAUGCUCUUUAUUUUUUGUGUGCAGAGUUGAUGUUCUUAGAAACAAGUGCCCUCACAGGAGAAAACGUUGAAGAAACUUUCUUGAAAUGUGCUCGAUCCAUCCUCACAAAAAUUGAGUCAGGUAAUGGGUCUCAUGACAAUGCUAAAAGAAAGUUAUUUACAAAAUAAUUAGCAUAAUUGAUCCCCUUGGGAUAAAUCCUAACUGCAUCAAUAAAAGCAAUGGAUGGAAACAAUUAGGGCUUUAAUAAUAAAAUACAAUUUUAAAAAACUAGGCUCCGAAAUUGAUCCUUCAAAAAUUUCUCAAACCAAAAUUACUAUCUAUUUGCACAUACGUUACUCUAUAUUUGCACCUAUAUUACUAUCGAUUUGCACAUACAUUUUAUUCAAAUCAGGACAUCUCUUUGGAGAGGGUUGGUGAAAUAAUUGUAAGAUUAUAGAUUUACUUGUAGUCCUUAUUUAGCCUUUGUUUAAUAUCAUGUAGUUUUUUUUUGGCUCAAUGCAACCCGCAGGUCAUAUUUACUGACAGGGUUGACAUGCUUAAUAUAAAACAAUAAGUUUUUUAGAAAAUACUUGGAGAGAAAGACUUUGUAUUUUCCGCAGGUGAACUUGACCCAGAGAGAAUGGGAUCUGGAAUCCAGUAUGGUGAUGCCUUGAGGAGAAUGCACAGACAGGAGAAGUUGCAGCCACGCAGUGCCAGGCCAGACUGUGCUUGCUGAAGUUGAACUUUUGGGGGGGAUCAGGGGAGGGGGAGGGAAUGUUAAUGGGGUUUAACAAAACAUAAAAAAAUUAGUAAGGUUAAAUAACGUAAAAACUAAGGCUACAGAAGAGCUGUUUUUUUUCCCCCUAUUACUGACUUUCUUCUCAAAAUGAGUAUUUCCUUUCAUGAAAAAGGAAGCAUGCCUCAAUAAAUAAUGAUUUAAAAAAAUUGUUUUAUUGGGAG